CACCUACGGGGAGCUGACGAACUGCACGGCGCUCAUCGCCGAGAGGCUCGACUGCUACUGGCCCAACCGCCUGGUGGACGAGUUCUUCGUGGCCGUGCACAGGCAGUACUUCAGGAACUGCUCCCCGUCCGGCCGGGCGCUGCGCGCCCCCCCCAACGGCAUCCUCUGCCCC